AUUUCCCGACUUUGUCACAUUCGAUUCUAACAUGCAACUCAACAAACGUCAACAACAUCCUCCACAUCGAAGGACCAUGUUCGCAACACGCCUCGAACGUCUUUGGAACGACUGCCACGUCGACGUCGCGGAGAUGUUCUCGUCGAAUCAAGGAGAUGUCCAGCGUGUCGUCACCAUUAUGAUGGUCCAAGUAAUCUGCGGGCUCUUCAACUCCCUCGCUACCGCAUUGUUUGCUGUUUCGAUGUACAAAUACUCGUUCUUCUCUCUCCCCUACCUAAUCCAACUCUUCCUCUUCCUACUCCAUGCUCUCUACUUCUUUGGCACCGCCGAGACCACGGGAUGGGAGUUCUUGAAGGCCAACUCCGACGUCGCCGCAAACCAGAACAAAACCGUUCUGAAGCUGGCUCUCUACUGCUUGAAUUGCCUCAUUGCUCGAUCCUACCUCUUGGGGGCUUUCCCUCUCUCCAUAUCAGGCGGCAUCAUGGCGUGCUACUGGAUUACCGACCUUGCGCUCGUCUGGAUGGUCGUACCUGGUACAUGCUGCGCCGGCGUACCCCGUCACUUCUUGGUGUACGAUAAGAAGAAACAAUCCGGUCAGCUGGUCCGCAAUGAUGCUCACCCUGGAAAGGAUUUGAAGUUGGAUGUACGACUACAGAAUGGUGAGGCGAAGAAGGGUAGACUUAGGAUUACAAAUGAGGAUAUACACGAGAUGAGAGAGCAGGGAGGCUUUACGGUGCUGCGGGCGAUUACUCCUAUUGAGUACCGUCAAAAUUCUUGA